UUUAAAAGUGCGCUAAACUUUGCAGCGGGUCCUAUUUGGACUCUGAAAUAUUUUCUCCACUUCACGUCACGUCAGUCACCGCGGCUGGUGGCUCCGCCCCCUCCAUGUGCCGCUGCGUGAGUCCAGUCCGGGAUAAGGACAGCUGUGCUCCACGUGCAGCCCGGCAGCUGGACUUCAUCCAGGGAACAGAACCGAGCCUCCGCGCGCAACAGCCGGAGAUCAGGGAAGGGCCAGCAGGCAGCCAGCGGCGGACACAGCGGGCAGAGGGCCGCAUCAUGUCCCUGAGCCCAAAGCAGUCCACCCCCUUCUCAGUCAGCGAUAUCUUGAGCCCGAUGGAGGACAGCUACCGCAGGUUCGGAGCCGCGGAGCCCGCGGCGGGCAGCGUGGGGCCCCCGCUGGGCGCGUACCGCCAGCCGCAGGUGUCCCAGGCCGGGAUGCAGCAUCAUCAUCAUCAGCAGCAGCAGCAGCACCUGCUCCAUCACCACCAUCACCAUCACCACCACCACCUGUCCUCUUCCUCCUCAUCAUCACCUUCCUCAUCCUCAGCCACAGCAGCCGCCGCUCUGGGGCCCGCGGGCCCCUACCACGUCUCCCACGGGGUGCCGCAGUUCUCCGGGGGGUUCUGCGCCGGCGGGGACCUGCCGUCCUACCAGGAGACCGUGCGGGGCGGAGGACCGGCGGCCUGGUACAGCAACCCCGAACCCAGAUACCCGACCAUUUCCAGACUGAUGGGCCCCUCCGGCGGGAUGAACGUGCCCGGGAUGGUGAACUCUCUGGCAGGGAUGGAUUCCGCCGCCAAGUCGGUGGUGACGCUGCACGCGGCGCCGCGCCGGAAGCGCAGAGUUCUCUUCUCGCAGGCGCAGGUCUACGAGCUGGAGCGGCGCUUCAAGCAGCAGAAGUACCUGUCGGCGCCGGAGCGCGAGCACCUGGCCGGCCUGAUCCACCUCACUCCGAACCAGGUCAAGAUCUGGUUCCAGAACCACCGCUACAAGCUGAAGCGGCAGGCUAAAGACAGGGCCGCGCAGCAGCAGGAGGGCAGCGCAAACACGCGCCGGUCCUCCUCCAUGUCCCCGGUUCUGCCCAAAAACGGCAAUAAGGACUGUCGGAGCAACUCCAGCGGGUCCAACCAGAUUGGCACACGGCAGAGCAGCUCGGAGGAGACCAUGGGGGUGAACCAGCAGCUGAACCAGCGGUUGUCCUCCGCGGAGGAGCUGGGCGAUUUGUCUCCCAGUCCGCCGUUGGCACUGCACGGUCACAUCAACAUGACGCAGACGGACGCCGCGCUCAUCGAGUACACAAACACCGUGAUCGGAUCCAAUUUGCUCUAUGGAAGGACUUGGUAGUUCGAGGGGUAAGCGCGCGCGGAGUACAAUAACUGGCGUAACAUUCCGUGCGUAAAAAUCUGGUUUUACGCACGAACAGACCCCAAAUCACGGCUGAGAGCAGGCGCCAAAACCCGCAGAGUGGACGCAUAAUGAUUGUCAAAUAGUCCAUUUCCAGUGUGAUUUUUCAUAUAAUUUUUGAUACUUUGUGUGGAAGUGAUCACCACUGAGUUCAUAUUUGCAGAAUUUCUGCAACAAAUUAAAAUCUUGCAGGUUUAUACAGCAGUUGAAGGGUGUUUGUUGAAGAAA